GAUAUUCAGAAGCAUUACGAUUACUAGAUAUUAAAGUUCGGUCAAAUAUGACUAAUAAUGUUUAUCAACAAGUGAUGACAGAAUUUAGUAAUGAACAAAUCAGCUAUCACAAAGCUACAAAAAAGCUUACUA